GCCCCUCCGCCCCGCGUGUGGCGCGGCACUGCUCGGCACGGCACAGCGCGGCCCGCCCGGGCUCACCCUCGCCAUUGUCUGUCUGCGCGGCGGUCCCUGUUGCGAGUGGCGGGCGGCGCGGCGCCUGGCCGCGAUGCUCAAGAGCUCCUCGCCCCCUCAGAGGCGGCAGCGGGAACGGGCUCCAGCCCCCGGGAGCAGCUGCUCCGCCUGCUGAAGACUGAAACUUUGCGUCUCCGCUGCUCCCCUUUCUCGCACUUCCCCUCGCCGGCCCGACUCGCCCCUCUCCAUGCGCUGAGCGGCCCCAUGGACGCCUUCAGCGCCGCCAAGGCCAAAAUGGGGGCGAAGAGCGGCGGUGAGGUGGCGGCAGCGGCAGGGUUGGCCGCGCCUCAGCCCGCCGCUCCGACCCCCAGCCCCGCCGGUCCCGGUUCGCCUGCCGCGCCCGAGCCCGCCUCCUACAAGCUGGAGGACUUGGAGACCCUGGCCACCGUGGGCACUGGUACCUUUGGACGUGUUCAUUUGGUGAAGGAAAAAAUGGCCAAACGUUACUUUGCACUGAAAGUGAUGAGCAUUCCUGAUGUCAUUCGACUGAAGCAAGAGCAACAUGUGCACAAUGAAAAAUCAGUUUUGAAAGAAGUCAACCACCCCUUUUUGAUCAGAUUAUUUUGGACCAAUCAUGAUGAACGUUUUUUAUAUAUGUUAAUGGAAUAUGUGCCAGGAGGAGAACUUUUUAGUUACCUGCGCAACAUGGGGCGUUUCAACAACAGCACAGGACUCUUUUACUCUACGGAAAUUAUUUGUGCGAUAGAAUACCUGCACUCCAAAGAAAUAGUUUACAGAGACUUAAAACCUGAAAAUAUAUUACUAGACAAAGAAGGACAUAUCAAGCUUACCGAUUUUGGAUUUGCUAAAAAGCUGGUGGAUAGGACGUGGACACUCUGUGGCACUCCUGAGUACCUUGCACCAGAAGUUAUACAAAGCAAAGGCCAUGGAAGAGCUGUGGAUUGGUGGGCCCUAGGAAUUCUUAUAUUUGAGAUGCUGUCAGGGUUUCCUCCAUUUUUUGAUGACAAUCCAUUUGGUAUAUAUCAGAAGAUUCUUGCUGGCAAAAUAGAUUUCCCGAGACAUUUGGAUUUGUAUGUAAAAGACCUUAUUAAGAAGCUGCUUGUGGUUGACAGGACAAGACGAUUAGGAAAUAUGAAGAAUGGAGCAGAUGAUGUCAAGAGACAUCGAUGGUUCAGGUCUAUAGAUUGGGAUGCUGUACCUCAAAGGCGACUAAAGCCUCCUAUAGUACCAAAAGUAUCCAAUGAUGGAGAUACUUCCAAUUUUGAAGCUUAUCCUGAAGAUGACUGGAACAAGACACCUCCGGUACCUCCUAAAGAUCUGGAAAUCUUCAAGAACUUCUGACAGCAAUAUCUACGUGUGACCAG